AAUGUUGGAUGUUGUCUGAACCACAGCUCUCUCUCUCUUGUGGACUCCUGCAAAUGGGGGGUAUUGAUUGAUUGAUUGAUUGAUUAAUUGAUUGAUUGAUUUGAUUGAUUGACCGACUGACCGAUUGACCGUCCAAAAAGUUGGCCAGAUCUGUGACCAUUUCAGGAGCAAGGAUCUUAUCCAUUUCAACGUUGCCAGAACUUUUCCACAUCUUGUCUAACAUCAAGGUUGCAGUUGCAUGUUACAAGGCACCCACAACCCACCACCAACAUGCUCUACAAAGUCCUGAGUCCAGACAACUUAUACGACCAGAACAGCAAUGACAGCGCCAUAGAUGACUCUUUCCAACAGAAGAAUGUGUCUCCGUUGCCCAGGCAAGUGCACAAUUAUGCAUCCUCCCAACUGAGUCCCUCUUCUCUCCGGAGUUCUGGAAACGCUAAUCAUUACACAGCUGUUGGGAUCAAGACAGAAAUCGAUGAGACAGAGACGCCAAUGGGAAGUGAGAGUCAAGAGCUGUUAGAUUCCGUUAGACGCAAACAGUACCUGGGAGUGAGGGUACGGCAGCCAGUGAGAGAUCUCCUCCGUGCGUACCGCAACGGCAAAGGGGAAAAUCCCUCGAAAACACAGAGGGAAAUGUUCCCAAAGCCUUGGAAACAGAGUCAAGUGAGGAAGAGAGCGUCAAAAGAGAGCCUUAAGAGUCAUCCGUACACUAUAAAACGCAGAUCUCGGGUGAAGGAAUCCAGUCAAUUGCUUCAAAAGAACUUUGAGGAGAUAAUGCAGGACCUGGUGGAGAUUUUGGAGACAGAUUUGAAACAGGCCAGAAACCACUCGUUCCCGACCCCACUGAGCCCAGCCGAUAGACGGCCACAGGACGGUAUCUACAGCGAUCGCCCGCUCUGCCUCUCCUCCCCACUGGGGCAAAGUGACCAGGGGACCUUACAUUCCUCCCUGCCUGAGGAACACGGCAGGACUCGCCAAGGAGCUCCUUCGAGCUGUGAGUCGGACUCCGGGCAAGUCUCGCCAGUCCAGUCUCCAGGCUUCGGGGGGGAAGGGUACUGGAGUGAGUCGGAUGAAGAUUCCUUUGGGCAACUGGCUAUCCCUUGGGACAGCGCUGGGUCCCCUUCCUCCUCCACCACCUCCUCUUACUCCUCCUCUUCCUCACUGCUGUCGCCUGACGAGAACCCACCUGGUUUCCACGUUGCCUUCAGCGAGUGUUACAAGAGUUACUCGCCAGCUGCUGGAUCGACAAAGGCGGCCUCCUGCUCCCCACAACAGGGAGAUUUGGUGGAGAGUUCGGGCAUGACCUUCUUCCAGUUCCAACUGCAGCAGGAGGAGAGCUUCCUGAGCAACAUGUCCAUACACGAGAUCCUCAUCCCAGACACCAACGGCAACACAAUGUUACACAAAGCCGUCAUUCAAUGCAAGAGAGCUCUGGCUUACUGCUUAGCAAGAAAGAUGGCAUCUGUGGGUGAAAUUGGUGUGAAAGACAUUAGAGGCCAAACAGCGUUGCAUUUAGCUGCUGAGAGGAACCAGCACCUGAUGGUAGGAGAUUUCCUGUCUCUCGGAGCACAGAUUAACGAGAGAGAUUGUCUGGGGAAAACAUCAGUGCAUCUGUGUGCAGAGAACGGCUUCCUCCGAGUCUUAGAGGUCAUAGAAGAUGCUCUGAUGAACGGAACAGUUGUGGACAUCGAAGCUGCGGACAAUAACUAUCUGACCCCUUUACACUGUGCCGUAUUGGCUCACAGCGCCAUAGUCAAAGACUCUGAAUGCUCGAAAGGUAACCGCGAUUUGGAUAAGUUCCUCCGGAUGAGGAAAGAGCAGCUGCUGGAUGGAAUGAGAUGCUUGCUGAGGAUGGGAGCUUCCUUUCUCAAACAGGAUAUGAAUGGUCGGAAUGCCAUCCAGUUUGCUCAGGAGGAAAACAACAGAGAAGUGCUGUGUUUCCUUCAGACCCAGGCUGAGAGCGCGAGAAUCACCCUUCGCCAGGACUGGAGGUCAUAUGCACCACUUGACUUGAUGAGCAAGAAAGUGAAUGGUCUAAAGGGACAGGCUCCUUCCAGGCAUUACCCAAACUAGACACACCCUGAGAGGAAGCUCUGAAAGAUGCAGCAUCGACUGUCAGUGAGACAGUCUAGGAAAAUGACGGGUAAAAGUCAGGGAAUUGUCAAUAAUUGCCUGAGCUGGAGUGGAAGGAACCACAUAAUUACAUUCUAGAUCCACUGAAAUUUCCCAACAACGAAAGCACCGAUCUUACAGAUCAAUUGCAAGGAAUCCGUGCACAUCAACAACUUACAAGUGUGUUUUGUGCACCCUUUACCCCGGGACAAGGACUUUUUCUUUUGAGUGGCACAAAAUAAAGCAAACAAGAUAUUUCUUUUGGCUGGAUUUCUAUGUGGAGGAGCAUAGACUGACAGCAAUACACAGCUCAGGCUAUCAAUGACGGAACCCAAAUUAAAACAGUUUUGUUGCAAUGAAGGAUGGAAGCCAUCGACUGGAGAAGCUCGGAAGUUGAAAAGUUAUAUUUUUUUUCUCCAUCUCCCUUUCUGUUACGUGACGAAAGAAAAGUCCACAGUGUGACUAAAAAGAGAGAUCCUUUAGCAAAAGCGAGUGCUAACAGGCCUGGUUGCGGUUCGAUUGGGUGUGAGCUCAACCAGAAACUUUGCGUCUAUAUUCGAAGGCCACUUUAAACUAGAAAGGGAAAUGAUUCAUCCCACGUCCAAACCAACCGUACAGCAGAUAACUUCAACUUUAUCCAGGAUCUGGAAUUGUAACGCAAUGUGGAUGCCGUGGGUUUGCAAAUGUGUUGGUUUCUGUGAAACUUACAUUGUUUGCUAAAUGUUUAGCAAAAUGUAUUGUACAUAUUAUUAUGUGAGUAAAAUACCAAAUGACA